AUGAAUAUCAAAAAUCUUAUCAAACAUCCUACCUUUAAAAAAUACUUUUAUUACGUCACUCUCUUAGCAGCAAUUUACUCUCUUGUAACCGAUGCCAUUUUUCUCUUAAAUCUGAUCAUCGGGAAUGACCGAUGCUCAUCAUUUGAAAAUAACAAGUCCCUGAUUAGUGAUGUGCUUCGGAGAGAAACUAACAUUGCAAAUUGGGAUACCUCAUAUAAUAUUACCUACCCUUAUUAUAAUCAUUAUUUUCCAGAGAAUGCAACCGUAUUUGACAGUCUGACAAUUAAUCGUGGAAAUUAUUUUAAUACCUUUGUAAUGUUUGACGAUUUGAAUAAGGGGUUCAAAUCCUAUGCUGGUAUGGUGGGCACUGUAGACACAUCUUUUCAACCUAUUACCCUUGUUGCCGCAGCCGAUAACAGUACUACCAGUUAUUUUUUCAUCCGUAAAGGUGAUCUAAACCUGAAGUCAGUGUGUCAAGACAUAAUACCCAAUUGCUUUGUGAAAAAGCAAAUUCAUUUCCCUUCUGCUGCGUUCACGUUUAAUACUAAGGAUGAUUUCUACAAUACUGGUGGUGUCAGUUUUUCCUUUUUUAUGCAAAACAAAAAAAACAUUGACAAUUUCACCUUCAACAUUGAUCCGGAUCUUCACUUAUACGUUUGUCAAUAUGCUGAAAAUCCUAAAUUUUCUUAUAGCUGGGCUAAGAAAUAUGGCACCGCAGUUGGUAUAAUUUUAGUUACGCUGGAAUCGUUCAAGGCCGCAACUUCUUUAAUUUCAAAGUGCAUAGGGGAUGCUAUGCCGAGUCUUGUUAAUUUUUCAAACAAUUCGCCGAUAUGGUUCUUUUUAUUGACUAAGGAUAAAUAUGGAGAUAAUAGGAAAACAUUAGAAACUGCAAUGAACCUUGAAGAUGCAAAUAGUCUUCAGAUUAUUUGUGAUACAUUUCUGCAUUCAAUGCCCAUGCUGGUGUUAACAGUUCAAAGUAUCACAUAUCGAUUCAAUGAGAUUCGUGUACCUCCUCCUACUAUUUCCAUUUUAUCUUGCGUUGGCAGUUGUGUUAUGCUAUCAAUCUCACUUUUUCGUAUAUAUGUUGCUGUCAAGGUUGUAGUUCCAGAGCAAGUUCAGGAAUUUAAAGCGGAGAUGGCCCAAUAUUUUAAUACUUAUCCACAGAAAAGGCAACAAGACUUCAAGAAUUUGACUUUUGCUUUGGUAGAUUGUGUAAUCAACCUCUUUCCAUUGAUUUUUAUGAUUUCUUUAGCAGUCAAAGAAUUUAAUAGCAUCUUUAUUUUCAUCAUCCCGAUCUUAAUUGCUCUUUGUAAGGUAUUAAUUUGCAUGUCCAUGUUUUGGUCACCACGUUUGCGAGGGCCUUUACCACAUCCAAUUAUGUUUUCUUUCGCUUUAAAUAGUCCGAUUAUGCCUUUCUUCUGCAUCAUUUCUUCAUCAAUUCGACAAUUAACUACCAUAAUAGCUGUCAGUGGUGUAACUGCUUGGAUCAGUUGGCCAAUGGACUUUAUAAGCAUUGAUUUGCCUAUUUUAGUGGUGCUCAUUAUGAUGAAAGUAUUUGGUUACGGAAACAGUCAAGAUGUAUCCCUUAUUCAACAGAACCAUGCACUAGUUAUUUUAGCUACUUUUUAUCUAGUAUGGAGGAUUAUCUCAGGUUUAUGGUACACACGGAAUUGUAUCACCACGCAAGCUAGAGAAGACAAAGUUAACUCUCAUUCAACAAAAGAAACUUAUCCCUUUUUCCAUACUUCAAAAAACCGGAUAGGGUUUGGAAUUUUCUUCUAUUCUUUAUGUAAACUCGCAAUUUGGGUGACAGGCUUGCGAGCCAUCAUUUCUAUGGUUUUCACGUCACAACCUCCACCACCAAUUCCUGAAGCCUUUGUUACUGCUUCGCCUAAGAUUCUAAUGGUUCUUGGAUUGAUUAUUUACCUUUGUUUGGACCUCAUUGGUUCUUUGGCGCUGUUAAUUUCAUACUAUGGUCGCUUUUCUACUAGGACCAUUUCAUUGUAUAUCAAUUCGUCCUUUAUUUCGUUUUUUUACACAUUUCUUGGUCAUCACUUUCGAACCGAAUUCACUAAUGCUGCAAAAGAUCAUAUGGAUACUUCAUUUCUUUGGAUGCAACGUGACAUGGUGUUAAUUUCUUCGUUUCUUUUCGUCUGGCCAGGGUUUGGGUUUGGAUAUUAUCCUUAUGGGUUUGACGAUAAGUACACAUGGUGGUCGUGGUAUGGCUGGGGGUUUGAUGUCACAACACAAACGGGGAUGAGAAAUGAUGCUGAAUGGUACUGGAGCUUUUUUGGGUUGGUUAGUUCAAUAUUAGGGUUUCUUUAUUGCUUACUUUCGCAUAUUGUGAUUUUGCGUGCAAGGAUCCUGGCGCGUGUGAAUCAUAUAACUGAAAUUCCAAAAUAA